UUCAUCAGCAAUGUGUUGCUGUCUGUGAAAUUCGGAAGUGUAGACCUCAGUACCGGGUUGGUGCGGAAAAAUGUCGUCUUCUGCUGAUUUAGUCAACUUAUUUACGAGUAUUGGGUUGAGUGAGCAGAAAGCAAAAGAAACUAUCAAAAAUCAAGCCUUAGCAAACAGCUUGAAAGAAGUUAUUAAUGAGGCUAAGAAACAGAAUGGUGGGAGCAGUAUUGACAAAGCGUGUGGAGCGUUGCUGUACCACACAGCCACAAGAUUGAACCAUCAGAAAAGACUGGGGUUUCUUCUCGGUUACAUCGUCUCAAAGGGAAUCAGCUCAGAGCCUCAACUAACGGCUGCCUUGGAUUUUUUCAAGUCGCAUCCAAGUGAUCCGGUCGAUGCAAAAGCUUUUGAGUUAGCGUGUGGUAUUGGGGUGGUCAUCACACCAGAGCAGAUUGAGGAUGCAGUUGAGUCAGUGAUCAAGAAGCACACUGCUGAACUAAUGGAGAAGAGAUAUCACUACAGUAUGGGAAUCCUAAUGGGGGAGGCACGCCAGCUGUUGAAGUGGGCCGAUGGGAAGGCAAUCAAGAAUGAGGUAGACAUGCAGGUGUUGGAUCUACUUGGACCUAAGACGGACGCAGACAGAGAGAAGCCGGCCAAGACAAAGGAGCCGAAAGGGAAGAGCAAAACAAAGGAAGAACAGCGGAAAUCCGAGCCCGAGAAAGAGCUAGCGUCACCGGCUGAAGGUGGAGCAGAAACCAUCAAUCAACUCAUGGGAGAAGCGGUCAAGUUCCACAAACCUGGUGACAAUUACAAGACUGAUGGUUACAUUGUGACUCCGAAGGUCAUGGAGUUGCUCAAGGAGCAUCUGGAGCUCACCGGUGGAGGGGUGCGUACACGGUUUCCCCCUGAGCCGAAUGGUAUUCUGCACAUCGGCCACGCAAAGGCCAUCAACUUCAACUUUGGUUAUGCAAGAGCCCAUGGAGGUAUAACGUUCCUACGCUACGAUGACACCAACCCAGAGAAGGAAGAAGAAAAAUUCUUCACAGCGAUCUUAGAUAUGGUGCGAUGGCUCGGGUACGAACCGUACAAGGUCACCCAUGCAUCGGACUACUUCCAGAACCUGUAUGAUCUAGCUGUGGACCUCAUCCGAAGAGAUCUUGCGUACAUCUGUCACAUGAAGCCUGAAGAGAUUAAAGGUUAUAACAAUCCAGACUCGCCGUGGAGGGAUCGACCGAUUGAGGAAUCACUCAAACUCUUUGAUGACAUGAGACGAGGUAAGAUAGCCGAGGGUGAAGCCGUCCUUCGUAUGAAACACACCCUGGCCGAGGGCAAGAAGGACCCCGUAGCAUACCGCAUCAAGUUUACACCUCACCAUCGCUCCAAGGAUAAAUGGUGCAUCUACCCGACCUAUGACUACACUCAUUGUCUGUGUGACUCAUUGGAGCACAUAACCCACUCACUAUGCACCAAGGAAUUUCAAUCUAGACGUCAGUCGUACUACUGGCUGUGUAAUGCAUUGGACCAGUACUGUCCAGUACAGUGGGAGUACGGCAGGCUCAACAUGAACUACACGGUGGUCUCCAAGAGGAAAAUAGGCAAACUCAUAGAGCAUGGCAUUGUCAGAAACUGGGAUGACCCAAGGUUGUUCACCCUGACUGCUCUUAGAAGACGUGGGUUCCCCCCUGAAGCUAUCAAUAACUUUUGCGCCAAGAUUGGUGUUACAAUGUCACGGGUGACCUUUGACCCAUCGUUUCUUGAUUCAUGCGUCAGGGAUUUCCUCAACAACACAGCGCCCCGAGUGAUGGCUGUGUUGGAACCAAUCAAAGUUACGAUAGUUCCAGAUCGAAAGAGAGAGAUGUUGAGUAUACCUAUCAUACCACACGACAGCAGUAAGGGGAUACGCCAGGUGGCGUUCACAUCCGCCAUUUACAUCGAACAGAGUGACUUCAGUGAGAAUCCCGAGAAGGGCUACCGGCGGCUCACCCCAACCCAGUCAGUCGGCCUGAAAUACGCAGCUCAAGUCCUCACGCUGAAGUCGAUCGUCAAGGAUGAGUCGGGCCGAGUGACCGAGCUGAAGGUAACGGCAGAAUCGGUGGACACGGCAUCCAAACCGAAGGCGUUUAUUCACUGGGUAGCCGAGCCUAUGGAAGUUGAAGUCAGGAUAUACGGACGAUUGUUCAAGCACAAAAACCCGGAGGAUCCAGCGGAGGUCCCUGGUGGUUUCUUGACGGAUUGUAAUCAGGACUCCUUGACGGUGAUACCCAAAGCUCUGGUGGAUCAGUCCGUCAAAGGAGCAAAAGUCUACGAUAAGUUUCAGUUUGAGAGGAAUGGCUACUUCUCUGUGGAUCCUGACUCGACGCCUAACAAUAUCGUGUUCAACAGGACAGUAGCACUCAAAGAGGACACUGGCAAGAACUGAUGAACCUCAAGAAUCCAAAAAGUUUUUCUCCUUCCGAAUAAAUUCCUUUUCUUCUAUAAGAGACUGUUUUUUUUUAGAUCGGCCAUCUUGUUUCUGUGUGUCCCGUUUACCCUGUAACCAAGAGGAGGUUGGAUGGUCAAAAUAGUCUGGUCCCUAUUUGGUACAAUGAGAUUUACUUUUAAUUUUAUCUAUUGUACACUGGGGACGUAACAAAGAUGGCGCCAGCAUGGCGGUUAAAAACUUGCCAAAAUAGCAUAAUUAGCUAACUUAAACCUUUAGAGCUUGUAGCAAAAAGUUCAUAGUGUCGACACAGAAUUUGACAUUGUCCAAUGGCUCUAUUGUGACAUUCUUUCUACUAUACUUAUUAACAGAAAAAAAAACCAAUCUGUUCCAUACUAUUUGUUUAGACAUCAUUACUGGACAAAGUGUCGAAAAACAAACCCAAAUUAUCAUUGUCUGUGUGUAAGGUGAUUGAUUAUACACAAAGAAAUGGCCUCUGUAGGUUCAUAGUGUCAAGCUUUAAAGCCUAAUUUCAAAGAACUUCAAAAAGAAUCUAUACACAAUAAUAUUAUGCUCACAAGAAUUAGGUUACCUGCCAAAAUACUGUGUCACAUGUAUUAUCAUUUGCGACUGGUAUCCUGCUUAGUUUUUUGCUUAGAAUAAGUGGAGUAGUUUUCGAGAAAGAAGUAAUUUUCCACGAA